AAAAUUGAACUUUGAAAAUAAUCAUUACCAUCUUCAUCAUGUCUCUGAUGAAAUCUCUCAGAUUCGUGGUUCUUUCGACACGUGGAUUUGCAAGCAAGCCCAUUGUGGACUUCUCGAGCGCCGGAAAGGUUCUCAGUGUGGAACAAAAACAGUUCUAUCAGAAAAAUGGAUUUCUUCUCGUGAGAGGAUGCGUUGCAAAGGACGAAUUGAAGAAGUACGAAAACCAGUUCAAUGCGAUUUGCGAACGUAAAGUGAAGCCUCCGCCAAAUAUGCUUGUCAUGAAGGACGUGUCAAUUGCGAAGAAGGUUACACCCGAUAGCAUCGACACCAUCACAAAAGUGCAGGACUUCACCGACGAGCCAGUUUUGUUCUCGUACUGCGAGAAUAAGAAAGUCACCGACGUGGUUCGUGAUCUCAUCGGAUCCCCAGACACCCGUAUCACUGCAAUGCACACAAUGCUCAUCAACAAGCCACCAGACACAGGAGCACUGACGUCACGCCAUCCAAUGCAUCAGGAUUUGAUCUACUUCCCGUGGCGCCCAGAGGAGCUGACUGUCUGUGCGUGGACCGCUAUGGAAAAGAUCAACAAGCAGAAUGGAUGCUUGCAAGUUGUACCAGGAACCCAGGCACGAGGCCUACAGGUUCACGGUUACCCAGAGUGGGAGGGUGGUGUCAACAUGGCAUACUACGCAAUCAAGGACUAUGACAUGUCACUUCCACGUGAAUACGUCGAGAUGGAAGCUGGAGACACUGUGUUCUUCCAUCCAUGCUUGUUCCAUGGAUCCGGUGCCAAUCGAUCCGAGGGAUUCAGAAAGGCGAUCUCGUGUCACUACGCGAACUAUGAUCAUACGAAGUACAUUGAUGUCAAGGGAACCGCUCAAGAGGAAGCCGGCAAACAGAUUGAGGACAUCAUCCGUAAGCAUCCAAAGAGAUAUGCCGUGAAACCGGGACAGGAGGUCACUUUCGAGCUCACCUGGCGUCUGCGCUCUCGUCCAGUCCAUCAUGACGGCAAAGAAAAUCUGUAAAUGAUAACCAAACGUUCAAACUCGAUUUCUCAAUCUCGCGAAAUAAAGUUUCAUUUUUGAAAUGUACUCGAAUAAAUGGUGUAAAAUGAUGA